AUGGUUCAGGCUGUAGGUUAUAACUCAAUUGAGGCUGAAGAUUGGGAAGUUGCCACAAGUGGGGAAGAGAUGAGCAAAAUGGAGUCUCUUCUUCUUGAUAAGAACCGAAAAAUGGAACAUGAACUUACACAGUUUAAGGUUAAACUUUCAGAAAAAUCAUCUUUGCUGGAUACAGCUGAAAGCAAGAUAGCUGAACUCACAGAAAAGGUUGUUGAACAACAGAAGUUGAUUCAGAAGUUGGAAGAAGACAUUUUAAAGGGUUACAACUCCAAGGACCAAAAGGGCAGUUUAUUUGAUGAAUGGGAUCUUUCUGAGGCAAGGGGUGAGCUUUCUGAGGUAUUCUUUCUGUCAAUCUUCAUCCUCUUGUGGUUGUCCAAAGCUAAAGCUCUAACAAGUGGUUUGUUAUUUCGACCAUAA